CGCAUGCGCAGGCACGGCCGAGGGGCGGGGCACAGGGGCGAGCUCGCGGUAAUUGCGCAGACGCAGAGUGGGUGGUCCUUUCCGGAGAACCAACAAGAUGGCGGAAGUGGAGCAGAAGAAGAAGCGGACCUUCCGCAAGUUCACCUAUCGUGGCGUGGAUCUCGAUCAACUACUUGACAUGUCCUAUGAGCAGCUGAUGCAGCUCUACAGUGCCAGGCAGCGGCGGCGGCUGAACCGCGGCCUUCGGAGGAAGCAGCACUCCCUGUUAAAGCGCCUGCGCAAGGCGAAGAAGGAAGCGCCGCCCAUGGAGAAGCCUGAAGUGGUGAAGACACACCUGCGGGACAUGAUUAUCCUGCCAGAGAUGGUGGGCAGCAUGGUGGGCGUGUACAAUGGGAAGACCUUCAACCAGGUGGAAAUCAAGCCAGAGAUGAUUGGCCACUACCUGGGCGAGUUCUCCAUCACCUAUAAGCCAGUGAAGCAUGGUCGGCCCGGCAUUGGGGCCACCCACUCUUCCCGCUUCAUCCCUCUCAAGUAGUCAAUAAAAGCACAGACUGACUUA